AUGAACCAACUCGCUUCUCUUUUAUUUAUUGCGACCGCCCUUUGCGGCAACACCUAUGCAUCACCAAAGGGUCCUCCUUCAAACACUGGUCUUCUCCAGAUGGUUACUUACGUCAAGCGUAAUCCCAAUAUGACGCUCGACGAGUUCUGGCAGUACUGGGAUACCCAGCAUGCUCCGAAGGUGAUCCCUCUGGCAACGCACUUUGGUAUCGCUCGUUACCAACAAGUACGAGUCGCAGGAAAGAUUGUUCCUACCGAUGCGGGCGCCACUCAGCCAGUGUCCAAUCAGCUGGUAGACUUUGAUGGGAUUGCCAUGUUCCUUUACGAGUCCUCCGAUGUCUUGAUUGAUAUGCUCUCCCAUCCGUACUAUGUCAACGUCGUUGAGCCAGAUGAGCAUGUCUUCAUUGACAAGUCAGCUCAUGGAAAUGGGAUGGUCGCUACGUAUAUCGGCGAGCAUAUUGAUGCAGUGGAUGACGCAAAGAGUGUUUGGAAGGGAGACAAGAAGACACUUUCGAAGUACCAGAAGCUGUUCAAGAAGUACUAA